AAAACGAGAAUCGCGUCAAGUUCUCUUUACAUCACGCGUACCAGAAAAAAAAAGUAAGAGAACCAGGACAACGACGCGUGUUAUGCGAACGAAAGGUGAAUAGUUCACGCGAUUAAUGCUAUGAAUGUCUCGUUUCGUAAUCGACACGCCAGACGAGGCAAUUCAUUUACGCCAAUCGAAGAUUUCGAGGUCGAUCGGGACUGUAUUCGGGACAAAGGUCUUGCGAAAAUCUGUCGAAGGAAUCUGUCGGUUCUCUUCGGUCGAAAGUCCUAUUCGUUCGACGACUAUAUCAUCCAAAUACUAUAAAUACUUGCCGAAAGUUCUCAGGGAAGAUAUAGCACUUACUAUUAGAUAGAUAGAACUUAGAGAAACAAACGAGAAAAGGGACGUUUGAAUUUAUGAUAAAAAUUAUCAUGCCGUAGAAAGAACGUUCCGGGAAACUGGAUGCUGCGUCUAACGAAAACUCUUGAGGACAUCGUUAUCGCGAUCACACGAUCAUUUGGAGUUCGAACGAAGACCGAGACAGCGGGAGAAAGAAAUAGCUUUAAAACUCGUCAACGAGCAAACACUCUUUGACGACACACAAAAUAAUUAAAUCGGCCUAAGCAGUCUCGAUAAGGAAUUAAUUCAUUUUGUGAAGAUAAAGUGUAGAAGUCUGUUUAGUUUCUUAUACGCGAUUUAGAAUAGAGAUAAAAAGAGUGAUAAUAUAUAUUGUGAAAUUUAAUAAAAGUACGUGACAACUGGCAAAAUGCAUUCCAUACGUGCUCAUCGAGCGUUGAACAAACAUAAAACUGUGUUACAAAUAUGGAAGAUCGCCACGAAAGGCUUCGGCACGAAUGUAGAAUACAGACCAAUCAGAAGUGUCCUCGUCGCCAAUCGAGGAGAAAUUGCUAUUCGUGUGUUUCGUGCUUGUACGGAACUUGGCAUUCGCUCCGUGGCAAUUUAUUCGGAGCAGGAUAAAAUGCAGAUGCACCGUCAGAAAGCAGAUGAGGGCUAUUUAGUAGGCAAAGGACUACCACCCGUUCAAGCUUACCUCAAUAUUUCUGAAAUUAUCCAAGUAGCCAAAGAAAACAACGUCGACGCCAUACAUCCUGGUUAUGGAUUCCUUUCCGAGAGAGCAGACUUUGCUCAAGCGGUUACUAAUGCUGGCAUCAGAUUCAUCGGGCCUAGUCCUAAAGUCGUCCAACAAAUGGGAGACAAAGUAGCUGCUAGACAAGCCGCGAUUGAAGCUGGAGUACCCAUCGUUCCGGGAACAGAUGGACCGGUAACAAGUUCUGACGAGGCGAUAGAGUUCUGUAAGAAGCACGGUCUUCCGGUUAUCUUCAAGGCAGCAUACGGAGGUGGAGGACGAGGUAUGAGAGUCGUAAGACAAAUGGAAGAGGUCGGUGAGAUGUUCGAUCGUGCAUCUUCGGAAGCCGCGGCUGCUUUCGGAAAUGGCGCGAUGUUCAUCGAGAAAUUCAUUGAGAGACCACGUCAUAUUGAAGUUCAAUUACUUGGGGACCACGCUGGCAAUGUCGUGCAUCUAUAUGAACGCGACUGUUCUGUGCAGCGUCGUCAUCAAAAGGUUAUCGAGAUUGCGCCAGCUCCCGUAUUGUCGGCCACGGUUCGUGAGAAAAUGACUGAAUACGCCGUCAAAUUGGCAAAACAUGUUGGUUAUUCGAAUGCCGGUACUGUGGAAUUCUUGGUUGAUCAAUCUGGAAAUUUCUAUUUUAUUGAAGUCAACGCCAGAUUACAAGUGGAGCACACAGUAACCGAGGAAAUAACAGGAAUCGACCUCGUGCAAUCCCAAAUUCGAAUUGCCGAGGGCAUAACACUACCGGAGCUCGGCAUGACGCAAGAAAAAAUCGUACCUCGAGGAUUCGCGAUUCAAUGCCGUGUAACCACGGAAGAUCCGGCUAAGAGCUUCCAGCCGGACACUGGAAGAAUAGAAGUUUUCCGUUCCGGUGAAGGUAUGGGCAUCCGAUUGGACGGCGCUUCCGCAUUCGCCGGUGCUAUAAUCUCGCCGUAUUACGAUUCGCUUCUUGUUAAGGUAAUCGCCCACGCCGGCGAUCUUCAAUCAUCCUGCGCCAAGAUGAAUCGAGCUCUCCGCGAAUUCCGCGUGCGUGGAGUAAAAACGAAUAUACCUUUUCUACUAAACGUCCUGGAGAAUCAAAAGUUCCUCAACGGUAUUGUCGACACAUACUUCAUCGACGAAAAUCCUCAGCUCUUUCAGUUUCAGCCGAGCCAGAACCGAGCUCAGAAAUUGCUCAAUUACAUCGGUACCGUCCUGGUGAACGGUCCGAGCACGCCACUGGCUACUCAACUGAAGCCAGCGGACAUCAAACCGCACAUACCGCAGAUUGCUCUAGACUUUGCUAAGCUUGCAGCUGCAGAAGAGACCAAUGAUCCCGACGUACCAGAACUUCUGGAUCCUCCGAAAGGAUUCCGACAUAUUUAUAAAGAGCAAGGUCCGGAAGCUUUCGCCAAGGCUAUUAGACAGCACAAGGGUCUCCUUUUAAUGGACACCACGUUCCGUGAUGCCCAUCAGUCCCUUUUGGCGACUCGUGUACGAUCACACGAUUUACUGAUGAUCUCCCCAUUCGUCGCUCACAAAUUCAGCAAUCUUUACUCGCUGGAAAAUUGGGGCGGCGCGACCUUUGACGUGGCCUUAAGGUUCCUUCACGAGUGCCCUUGGGAACGGCUGGAAGAUAUGCGCAAAACCAUCCCUAAUAUUCCAUUCCAAAUGUUACUGAGAGGCGCUAACGCUGUCGGAUACACGAACUAUCCCGAUAACGUCGUCUUCAAGUUCUGCGAACUGGCUGUGAAGACCGGCAUGGACAUCUUCAGAGUAUUCGACUCGCUCAAUUACUUGCCAAAUCUUAUCGUUGGUAUGGAGGCCGCUGGGAAUGCCGGGGGUAUCGUCGAAGCAGCGAUUUCCUACACGGGUGACGUAAGCGACCCGAAUCGUACCAAAUACAAUUUGAAGUAUUACACCGACUUGGCGGACGAGCUAGUCAAAGUGGGCACUCAUGUCCUGGCGAUCAAAGAUAUGGCUGGAUUGCUCAAACCAAGAGCAGCCGAGAUGUUGAUCGACGCGAUUAGGCAGAAGCAUCCGGAUGUGCCUCUUCAUAUACACACGCACGAUACUGCUGGAGCCGGAGUAGCCUCUAUGUUGGCCUGUGCGAAGAGCGGGGCUGACGUCGUGGACGUUGCCGUUGAUAGCAUGUCUGGCAUGACCAGCCAGCCAUCUAUGGGCGGCAUUGUCGCUUCUCUUCACGGAACGGACAUUGAUACAAAAUUGGAUCUUUCUGAUGUCUCCGAGUAUUCCGCCUAUUGGGAACAAACGAGAACGCUCUACGCACCCUUCGAAUGCACGACAACGAUGAAAUCCGGAAAUGCGGAUGUCUACCUCAACGAAAUUCCCGGUGGUCAGUACACGAAUCUGCAAUUCCAAGCUUACUCGCUCGGUUUGGGCGAGUUCUUCGAGGACGUGAAGAAGGCGUACCGGCAAGCCAAUCUCUUGCUCGGUGACAUUAUCAAAGUCACGCCGAGCUCCAAGGUUGUCGGCGACUUAGCGCAAUUUAUGGUUCAAAACAAAUUGACCGCCGAUGAUGUUCUCAAGAGGGCCGAGGAAUUGUCGUUCCCUAAAUCAGUGGUCGAGUUUCUUCAGGGUGCCAUUGGCGAACCUCACGGAGGAUUCCCUGAACCUCUCAGGUCAAAAGUUCUCAAGGACAUGCCACGCGUGCAGGGCAGACCAGGCGCGAGUUUAGCACCACUCGACUUUGAUGCUUUGAAGAAAGAGCUAAAAGAAUCUCACCCGCACGUCACCGAAAAGGACGUCAUGUCGGCCGCACUUUAUCCUAAAGUAACAAACGACUACUUGAACUUCAGGGAGCAAUUUGGCCCGGUAGAUAAAUUCGAGACCAGAAUCUUUCUAACGGGACCUAAAGUAGGGGAGGAGUUCGAUGUCACGAUUGAGAAGGGUAAAACUCUCAGUAUCAAAACCUUGGCGGUUGCCGAAGAUCUCACGGAAAAUGGGGAACUCGAAGUGUUCUUCGAGAUGAACGGUCAACUGAGAUCUGUGUUCAUCAAGGAUAAAGAGGCUGUCAAGGAACUGCAUGUACAUCCGAAAGCGACGAAAGGUGACAGCAAUCAAUUGGGAGCGCCGAUGCCUGGCGAAGUGAUCGACAUCAGGGUAAAAGUGGGCGACACCGUGGAAAAAGGUGCGCCGUUAGUCGUUCUAUCUGCCAUGAAGAUGGAGAUGGUUGUACAAGCGCCUCGAGCAGGGAAAAUCAAGAGUCUUGAAAUCAACCUGGGCAUGAGAUUGGAAGGAGACGAUCUCGUUCUGACAUUCGAAUAGGCUCUCGUAUACUGAUGGGACUGACCGAAAAUCAAAUCACGUGAAAGCAACACCAAAUAUUUAUUGCUAUUUACUUGGAUAGUGCGUAUGGAAGACAAGAUCUUUAGCAACCUUCGUACGAAGCUUGGAUUGAGAUUUUCCAUUCAAUGCUAUUUUAACAUUCUGUUAUCGAUCACCGUCUUAUCCAGAAUCGUCGAUCGCUUGAAUAACCAAAGUUUAUUAUCCAUGAAUCACUUUUAUCGCGCAUUGGCGAAUUUUGUAAAAUAAUUGUUAUGUUAAUUGUUAUUAAUAUUUUUUAAAUAAUUCUCUUUCUUAGAUUGUAUAUGUAAAACAUCCUAUACAGAGUUUUAAAAAUGUUACAUCUAUACACUGAACAAACUGUUCCACUUAGCAAAAAAAAUGAAGAAUUGGUACUUAUUCAUUACACGCACGGUCGUCACGUCCAAUUUUCUUCUACUUAAAAGUACAACGAUCAUUCUUAACAUAAAAUAAUUCCACAUGGGCUUCCAACAUUCCACGUGAAGUAAGAUCCAUCCCACGUCGCCUGAUGCUUGCAGUGAAAAAUUAUUAUUGCGCGGUUUCGUAUAUCAAUUUUCCACGCGAAUUGUACAAUGAUAGACUUCAUUUCGCACAGCAGACGAUGGGGGAUGGGCUUCGCUUCACGUGGAAAGUUGGAAACCAAUGUGGAACCAUUUUAAUGUAAUGAACUGUAUACGAAAUGAAACUAGAACCAUGAUUUCAACAACAUAAGUUAAGAUCAAGGCCACCGGCGCUGAGUCCAAUUAGAAGUGACGUAUAAUGAAUAAGUACCAAAAAAUUUAAUGUUAAAUUAAUUAUUUCUCCAAAAAGGCCUUUGUUCGUUAUUUAUCUGUACACGCAGCUUUAUUUCGGAGUAUUAAUAAUUAAAAUUUUGAACGUCUUGCAUAUCAUUUGUAAUAUAAUGCGAGUGGCCAAUGUGAUUAUUACGAUACAAUUAAACAAAGCUGCCUAAGAAAUAUCACCGUCAUUAAUAUGAAAUGUACAGCACUCCUUUAAUUCACUUAAUCAUUAUAAAAAAAAUUCGACAAUAAUACCACGACAAUUUUUUUAAUGUGAUGCAUUCUUAAUGAGACAUUUACAAAUUGAUACACGUUUUUACACAUUUAAUUACGUAAAAGACACACACAUUAUAGUCUUUUUUCAUAUGUUAAUCGUAACGUAAAUAGAUUUGUAAGAUAAAUAUAAAAAAUUGUAGUAAAAAACAAUGUGCUUAAAAAGUAUUAACUAAAAAAUUUGUUUCAAGAAAUUAUUUUCGGUGCAUCGAUAUAAAUGCACACGUUUGUAUAAAAUGAUUAUAUCGAUCUGAUCCGGUUUAUUUGCUCAUGAGCAACGUAUAAAAAAAUGGAAAAAAGAUCAAGUAUCUUCUUCAGCUCCAUUCUAUAUUAAUUAUAGCGUGUAUAUAUAAGCGAUUACCCUGAUAAUUUAAUUACAAUAUCGAGCUAAGCCUUCACGAAUGAUUUAGCAAGUAUGUGGAAAAAAUAAUUCAGGGAACAAAGACUAGAAUAUUCCUGAAAAACCUUGUCUUUGUUUUUUCAAGAUCAAGAUCAAAUGUUACAUCUUUCAAAAGAAAAGAAUUUAAUAAGUUUUUGUAUCGAUUGAAAAAAAUUAUUUUUAUAGUAAACGAAUAAUUAUGAAAAU